UGUUAUUCAAGUAGGUUAACGAGGACUUGAAGCCAAUAUGUUGAAUUUCGUCAUAUAUUUCCUGGUUCAAUUUCAAAUUAUUUUAGUUGGAUUCAAAAUAGGUUGUGCUGCCAAUCCAUACUUAACGGUUCUUAAUGUUGGGUCAGCUUUUUACAAUAAAGGCGAGCUACAGUGCUACCCAACUGAUAAUAGCACAACAAUAUCCAUGGGAAAGGUAUUUAAAAUAUCUAAUUCUGACUCGCUUGCUGAACCACAUCUAGAAGUUCAGAGUGUAUAUACUCCUUUUGCCAAAAAAGUAGCUAUACCUUAUGAUGGAAACUUCUUUGGAGUAUAUUACUGUGAAGGUGUACUUAAUGGGGAAAAAACCACUGUGAAAACUACAGUUGUGGAUCUAGAUGGCGCUUCAAAUUCGGAGGUUAUACCAACAAACGAAAGAACAAGUAUCACCGCUUCUGUUGGAGAAUCUGUUAUAGUAUCAUUCGAUGUGACAGCGUCCGGUAAUCACAUUUGGAGGAAAGAUGGUGAACUGCUGGAUAACUAUGAGAACCAUUAUGAUGAGUCGAGCUUAAGUUUUACCAGUGUAAAAGUUGAUGAUGGCGGCAUGUAUGAACUUCACAUAGAUGGACAAAGGGAUGAAUACAAACAUUCCUUUAUUGAACUGAUUGUGAGAGAAUGUGCAGCUGGCCGCUGGGGUGCACCUGAAUGUACAGGUAUUUGUAAUAAUUGUUAUAAUGGUGGCGUAUGCGAUGACAAGUCAGGUAACUGUAUUUGUGCACCAGGGUUUAAAGGAGAAAGCUGCGAAGAUACAAUCGGGAAAAGCCCUACGUUCUGUUGUUCAUCUUGUGGUGGUAAUCGAUUCGGACUUUACUGUGAAAUUAGAUGUACAUUCAGACCUGAAGAUCCUAAAGACUUUUGUAAACGCCACCAUUAUUGCUUGCCUAAUCCUUAUGGAUGUACCUGUAUAACAGGUUUUACUGGCCUUGAUUGUUUAACAGGUUGUGACUCGGGCAAGUUUGGUGCGGGUUGUAGUCAGGAUUGCCAUUGUACGUCAGGAACUUGUAACCAGUAUACUGGAGAGUGUACGUCAGGUACUUGUGCAACUGGAUGGUCUGGAAGUAACUGUCAAGUUCCAAGCACUUGUCCUGUUGGCUAUUUUAACACACCUUGUACAUCAAUCUGCCAUUGCCGUGAUAAUGUUGAAUGUGAUAGGAAUACUGGUGUAUGUAGUAAUGGACUGUGUGCAAAAGGUUACCAUACAUAUGAUAAUUUAUUUUGUGAAGCCUGCCAAUCUGAGAGCUAUGGUUACUACUGUGCUUCUACUUGCAAUUGUAAUUCUACCUCAUGUCACUAUGUAACUGGAUGUAAUGGCGGUUGCCACGAUAAUUGGUUGUUAAACUCCUGCACUACAGGAAUCUCUGCUUCUUCUAACACAAAAGUUAAUCCAGGUCAGAUUUCUACAUUCCAAUGUGACAUUCAAGGUAAUGUGACUGGUGUUACCAUCCAGUUCCUUAUUGGUAGUCAACCUGCUGCAGAAACUGCACGCACACAAGCAAAUGGGGUUACCAGGGUUACAUUUACCGGUGAAGCAAAUCCUACUGUUACAUAUAUCUGCAGACUUGCUAGGGAUCCAUAUACAGCAUAUGCAGAUCAUUCACUUAAUCUCUUUGCAUUACCAACGUAUACUGGACAACCAAGCUCACUGACGGUUACUGGAUCAUCAGUGGAAUUGAGAUGGAGGAACUGGAGUACCAACCUUGUAUUCUAUUAG